AUGGCCAAAGAAAAUGCAAAAUGUAUGUUUCUGAUUUCCACACUAGUAGAUGAUACACAAAUGCAAAGUCUGUUGGUUUGUGAGACAGCCCACAAAAUGUGGAACAAGUUGAGAUCAAUACAUGAGCAAUGGUCAGAAACCAGCAGACUAACAAUAACUCAAUGUUUUCAUGAAUAUUGGAUGAAUGCAUAUGAUUCUGUAGUUGCACAUGUAGCUAAAGUUGAAAAUCUAGGAUUACAACUCAGAAAUGUUGGAGAAAAGAUUUCAGAUGUAGCUGUAAUGGCGAAAGUCAUUGAAGUAUUACCAUCAAAAUAUAAAUCAUUAAAAACAGCUUGGGACAGUGUGCCAGCUAGUCAACAAAACAUGGAAACUUUGACAGAACGUCUCAUCAAAGAAGAGUGCCAGAUGAAUAUGAGUGAUGAAGAAACUGGUGCAUUUGCAGUGAUGUCCAUCAAUAGACAAAAAGGAAAUGCAAGAUAUCCUUAUAAAACCAAAAGUUCACAAGAACAAGAAACAAGAUCAGAUAUCGAGUGUUUUUACUGCUAG